ACCAAAAGCUCCGCACCUAACAAUUCUCCCAAGCAACAUCUGCCAUUAUACUAGCACCGCACUCCGGCUGUGCUUUCUUGCUUCCGAUCACUGUCCUCCGGCCACCUGCAGGCGUCUGGUGUGGUGGUGGGGGAUGAGCCGCGGGGGCAGGCUGCGGUGGCUGUGGCGGGCGCCGGUGCGGGCGCUGGGGCGUGCGCGGGACCUGUACGUGCGGGGCCUGACGGGGUGCGCGCGCUACGUCCCCUCCGACGCCGCGUUCGGGUACCCGGUGUUCGUGCCGGCGGCGUCGCUGUCGAGGAGCCACAGCGCCGCGGGGUCCGACUGGGGCGCCGGGUCAGCGGCGGGCGAGGACCUCCGGGAGCUGGUGCGAGCCGCGUCGGAGAGGCGCGUGGAGCAGCGCCAGGCGGAGCUGCGGGCCGUGGCGCGGAGCCAGAGCAUGGCCGCCGCGCUCUCCAUGGCGAGGAUCGACGAGGACGCACCCUGCGAGUUCGGCGCCGGCGCCGGCGCGCUGGGCGCGAGGAGCCAGAGCUGCGCCGGCGGGGACGCCGGGAGGAGAGCCCGCGGGCACCGGAAGGUGGCGGCCUUGGUCUGAUGAUCUGGCCGAGCUGCUGCUGCUGCUGCUGCUGCUUCUCGGCCGCCGUCAGUGCCCAGCCCAGUGCGCGCGAUCGUGUCAUGCACCUGUGUUUGGUGCCAAGUGUGAUCAUGUCAAUACUCAAGAAGUUGGAUUAAUUUCGCAGCCAGUCGAGUGCGCGAAGCAUCUCGCAUCGUUUCAGCGUCAAGCACUAGCAGCAUUUUCACCUGAUCAAGUUUGGGCCUUUUUGGCAUUAUUUGCCGCGCCCGCGUUUAUGCAAGGAAUAGGGCCGGAUCAUUCGCGCAUCGAGGUUGGUCGGCUUGAGCUCGGUUGGUAGCCUGGUAGGCCCUCAUCCUCCUCCCGUCGAGGAUGCCUCCUGGCACCUGCACACCGGCCCGGACAAGUCUCAAACGGAUUUCGUCGUGUGUGUUUCGUUCGGAUUUGGGCACCGGCUGGACCUCGGGGAUUUUGGGCUUCUCACCUAGCUUGCGGACGAGUCUUUUCGGCCCAUUAACUUAAGUUGGGCUGGCCCAUUUCAGUUGCAAAAAAAAUGUAGUCCGCCACUGCAGGGAGAAUGUUCCACGUGAUAUGCAAAUUGAGCGAUGCACGGAUUGCGUGCAAAAUUAAGGUGAAAGUGACAGCGGCAUGGGGAGAUGUUCCGUA